AUGAUGCAACGUAGACCGAAGGAGCCCUUGCUGCAGGAGCAGCAGCAGCAGCAGCAGCGGCAGCUGCAGCACGGGUGGAGUUUGCACUUCUUGGUGCUCUUGCUGCAGCUUGUGUUGCUGGCGCUGCUGCUUCUGAUAAGGCCUGUGGGAUGUACAGCCCUUCAGGCCCCCUGUCCCGGUUUUUGUGUCUCCGGCUGCUCUUCCCUGUCUCCUUCAUCUCUCCAUGGGGCCUCUUUAAGACAUUUCCUCCCAGCCGAUGCAACUCGCAAUUGUUUGGGUGUCUGUAAGGGCCAUUAUGCAUGCAGAGAAACUAACGUUAGGGGCCCCCAGGCUCCCCCAGGUGUACGUACUCCAGCGCGGACUCUCCCUAGCCAAUAUGCUGCUGCCGCUGCUGCUGCUUCAGCUGCUGCUGCUGCGGCUGGGCCUGGGGGUGAACGAAGGCCUUCUCAGUCAGGCGUGGAGGGACCUGCAUGCGCCAAAGAUGGGGCUGCAUGCGCUGCUCUGCCUGUCAGCCCAGCCAGCGGACUAGAGCAGCAGCCGCAAGAAGGAAAGAAGGGGCCUCCUCCAAGGCCUCCAGCAGCGAGGAGUCGAGGAGUUAGGGGGCCCCCGCCUGUGCAUACAGGAGGGGUCCCCUCAGGGGGACCCCUGCCAACACCCCCCAGAGACGCCCCCCCAAGGGAGCCCCUACCUGCACACCCGAGAGAGGCCCCCCAAAAAGAGGCCUUAUCUUUACACUCCUCGAAAGCAGCAGGGCAGCUUCCUCUUGCUGCUCCCUCUGCUAAUCUGUCCAGAGCUCCAAAGAAGAUGCAGCAGCAGCGCAGAAGCAUGAACCUCGGGGAUCAGCAGCAGCAACAACAGCAACAGCAGCCGCAGCAGCAGCAAACGAGGCAGCAGAGACAGCAGCAGCCACAGCAACUUGCGGCUGCUAGAAGGGGACCAAGAACCAAACAGCAGCAGCUCGAUCCGCGGCAGCAGCAGCAACAGCAGCAACAGCACCAGCAGAGAGGGCUGUCACAGCGGCACCAACCAGCCCAGCAGCAUCCGAUGCCGCCGCCUCCGCAGCAGCAGCAGCAACGGCAGCAGCCGCAACAGCCCCCUCAGCUCAAACCGCAUCCCUAUCAGCAGCAGCGACAGCAGCAGCAACAGCAACAGCAGCAACAACAACAGCAGCAGCACCACCAAGGCUCGGCCGCGAGCGGAGGCCUUUCUGACGACAUUCUAGAUCUUGUCUUUUGGCUGCGGGACACAAGACAUCCCUUAGAAGGUCGGGUUAUCGCUAAGAGCAGCAGCUCCUUGCUGCUGCAGCUGCUGCUGCCGGCUGCAGCGCAGCACCUCCUCCCCGCGAGGGUUUCCGUUGCUCGGCAGCUGUUUAUAGGAGGAGACACGCGGGGGGGUACGGGCCUAAGGGCAUCAGAGGGGCCCCCAGACAAAAUGGUGGGGGGAUCCCAACCCCCUAAAGGAGACUCCGAGGCCCUCUGGAACAGCUUGCAGCCAGGAGAUCCCCUCAGCGUUGUAGUCUUAGGCGUGCAGCAGCAGCAGCAGCAGAGGCAACAGGAGCAGGGCUUCGGCAGGGCCCUAAAGAGGGGGGACCCCAGUCCGUUUGAGCUCGUCGUUCAACCGAUAUUAAAUGCGCCUGUCUCCUCAGGCGUCUCCUCAGGUGUCCCCUCAGGUGUCCCCUCAGGUGUCUCCUCAGGUGUCUCCGCAGGUGUCUCCUCAGGCGUCAGUCCCCUCUGUUCGUUCUUUGCCCAGUCGUUGCAAAAGGAGAGGCCCCUGAUGACGGAAGACGAACUCAUGGAUCGUCUGUUGCAGCAGGACGUGUCUUCUUGGGUUCACUUCCUGUCUCCUCCCAGUGCAACAUGGGUGGUGCCUGCCAUGCCCCGAGGUCUUGGGGGCCCUAUGGGGACCCCUGUGGGAGGUUCAUUUUCUGGGGGGCCCCUCUCUCGGCGGUCUCCGGGUGCUACCUCUGAGGUAAAGGCCCCUCCAAGCUUGCGAGCCCUUCGGUGCCGUCUUGUGGGGAUCGUUCCCAGUAAAGAAGCUGCCGUUCUUGAGGUUGUUGCAGCAGACGAGGAGUGGCAUGAUGCGCUCAGCGGGGUAGGGCCCCCGGAGGGGCUCCCGGGGUCCCCCAAGGCCCCAGCAGAACCCUUGAGAUCAUCUGCAGACACCUCGAGGAAGAGCAAAUCCUUCAAAGAGACGCAUGCAACGGAAAGCUUCCAUUGCAGCACCGCAACGCCCCCAAGAGACAGUCCCUGCCUUGGGGACGUCUUUGCAUUCCAGCAAGCUGAGAGGGCCCUCAGGCUACAGCAGCAAACAUCCCGAGAUAGAAUCCUUCAAGAAGAAUUGCUGGUGCAGCAGGAAAUGCUGCUGCGGAAGAUGAACCCGAAUGCGGUUGCGCAGCAGCUAGUGGCACUUGAGCGGCUGCUGUUGCAGCACCCCCAGCUGUAUGCAUAUCAUCAGCAGCUCUACAGCUACUCGCAUGUCCCCCAACGGGACGCCAUCGGGGCUUGGGUGCUGCUACCCCUUAAAGAACUCCUCACGUAUAAGCGAAUUCGAAAGGACUGGGUAGUUGGGGGCCACCUGCGCGUAUACUUUUCUGUCUUUGAGGGGUGCGAGGAGAGGCGGAGGAGGGCCAUUGGGCAUUCUGGGGCUGCGGCUGGGGGCGGCGAUGAAGAUUUAGGGUUUAGCAGCAAACCCUCACUUAUCUGGACAUCCAUCUUCCCUGCUAUUCCCCUAGAAACGGCUCAUCUGUUGCUGCACGAUAUGCCUGCGGGGCCCCUCGCGCCUUUCCUCAAGCUCUUCGAGCAGCGGCAGCUUGUGCAGCAGCAGGAGGAGCACCAGCAGCUGCUGCAGCACAUCCAAAGACACCACGAGGAACUCGCCAGGGAACGAGCCCUCCGCGAACGGGAGAAGCAGCAGGACCAGCAGGAGGAGGAAGAGGAGACGGGAGCAGAGGCUGAUGGGGCACCCAAAGACCGUCGGAUGCAGCAGAAGCAGCAGCAGAGCCACGCCGGUCCUCACCCUGCUAUUGGUCGCAACAGCAGCAGAAACAGCAGUAGCAGCAGUAGCAGCAGCGGGGCUAGCAGUGGUGGCAACAGAGAUAGCGGCCGAGGCAGCCCGCAGCAGCCGCGGAAGCUGCAGGAGCUGCAGCAGGUGCUGCAGCGCAUCCCUGUGAAGCCUCUGUGGUGGGGGAGAGGCGAUUGGGUGUAUCGAGAGGUUCGACUGUGCCAGGUAUUGGGGCCUUAUUUCUACCGCCAACUUCUUAAAGUGAGAGCAGAAGAAGAAAAAAGGACAUCUCAAGGAGAAAGGCGUCAAGAUGUACUUGAUAUACGAGGCGAACCCUUCGAAGACCUUACUAAUUGGCUGUCUACGCCUGAAGGCCGCCAACGGCUCCAGCCUUCUUUUGUGCGGCGCUACCUCAAUGCACUGCGUUGGACGCUGCGAAUAGUGCGGCCUGAGGACUUCUGCAAGGCGUUCAAAUGCUUUACAACGAAGAACGCAGCCGAGUCUCAGGAGGCCAUAGCCAAACGCAUUGCUGCAUCAGACGUCACAGAGGAGGCAAAGAGUCUUUUGCACAGUUUUCUCCCACUACGUCAAAAAAUUCUCCGCACCAUAGCCAAGCAAGCCGCUGGUUCUGCUGUUGGUACUGCUGUUGCUGGAGAGGAGAUGCAGCAGCAAGCCGCUCAUGAAGGCAGCAAGCUAUCGGCGGAAGACCUUGCAGACUCUGCUGCGGCGCAUGUGCCCCCUGUUAUCUCCCCGUUGAUGCAACUGAUCCGGAUGCAUAGUUACCUCAGACUUCAGCUGCGCCCGCAGCAACGGGCGCCUUCGCUGGCGGAGUGGCAACGGCAGCAGCAGCAGCGGAUUGCCCAGCGGAAGUCCCCCCACAAAACCAAUUCUGCUGUCCCGCAUGCAACAGACGAAGACCCGACGAACCAGGCUACGCCGGAGCUGCCGCUGACGCAGCUGCAGAUGGGAGGACACGACGAGUAUGACAGCGUUAACAAGCUGGCAGAUGAAGUCGAACAGCAGCUGAUAGAUUUCCGCCAAGAGGAGGCUUCAGGGGCUGCGGAUGCGAUUGGAUCGGGCUCUGGCGCUGCUCUCACACCCCGGCUUAAUAGCGCAUAUCCCUCAGCAGCCAUUCGAAAGCCACGGAGUUUCUACAACUACUUUGGAGAUGAUACGACUCCCUUGCUUGAAACUGAUGCGGAUGAAGUCUUGUCCCGGUUUGCCGGGGGUUCUUGCGCCUCGACCGAGCAUGAGCUCUUCGUUCCACUGGAGCUAGACAACCAAUCCGCUCCAUCCUUCCCUGAUUCCUUUUUAAAAUAUAAACCCUAG